AUGGUGGAAUCAAAACUUUUCGUCUUUGGGCCACAGGCUCUCAGCUUCAACGCAAUCUCUUUUGAGAGCCUUCUUGCUAAACUGCACCGAGAGGAUCUGAGUACAUGGGCACUGGAUGUCAUCUCAACACUCCCCGCGACGCUGACUUCACUGUCAACGGAGGUUCCGAAGCUUCUAGAAAUAGAUGUGAAACAGCUGUUCGACCCGUUGAUCAAGGCACUGCGAACAGGGGAGCUCCCGGCGAAUUGCUACCCUCUGCCGAAUGCGCUGCUCUCACCACUCGUCGUCAUCUCCCAGCUCGCGGACUACAGGGCUUUGAUCCGAGCGACCGAACCUUCUUUGGACACGUCUGCUCGGAUACCCGCCCAGAUCAUUGCGGAUGCGGAGACUCUUGGGCUUUGCACUGGUGUCCUGACCGCAUUUGCAGUGGCAUCCUCCGCAACAAUUGCUGAUUUACUUCAUCAUGGGGCCGUGAGCACCCGGCUGGCCAUGAUCUCUGGAGCAUUGGUUGAUGCAGAUGACGCUUCGAACGAGGAGGGGAAGAAAUCGACGUCGUUUUCUGCUUCGUGGGCUGCCGCCAGCCUCGAGCACUUGAACGCGACGUUGCAAAAGUACCCGGAGGCAUAUUUGUCUGUACGAAUGGACGACAAGAGAGCUACGAUUACAAGCGCCAAGGACGUGGCCCCUGAAUUACAACAAGCUUUGAAGGACCGAGGUAUUCAUGUGUCGCAUGUGGCCCUUAAUGGGCGAUUCCAUUGGUCCUCUCAUAACCGGGAAAUCGAGAAAGUAAUCGAGUUUGUCAACAAGGAUCCAGCUCUUCAACUCCUCGACGCCUCGAGAACGGUAAUCCCGACGAGAGCCAACAGCGGGGGUCAUUACCUUCAAUCAGGGAAGCUUCACGAUAUUGCUCUGCGUGCUAUCCUGACUGACCAGUCCCUCUGGUAUGAAACGGUUGAACUAGCUUAUUCUGGAAAGCUUCAGUCUCCAGACUCCAGGGUGCUUUGCUUCGGUUCUGAACGAUGCCUGCCUCCAACAAUAGUCCGGAAAUUGGACUCGCGCCUCAUCCACGUGGCAGACGCGGAUCUAUCUUCUGGUAGCGGACUUGGCGAUGUUCAAUCCAUUCUAUCGGAUAGCCCAGACAAUCGUAUCGCCGUCAUUGGAAUGUCUUGCCACGUACCAAACGCUGAGGAUCUGGACGCAUUCUGGCAGGUCCUCUUGAGCGGCGAGUCACAGCAUCGUGAAGUCCCCGAGGAGCGCUUCAGCAUGAAAUCUCAUUUCCGUGAGGUCGACCCCGCAAGAAAAUGGUACGGCAACUUUAUUCGUGACCAUGACGCUUUUGAUCACAAGUUCUUCAAAAAGAGCCCUCGCGAGAUGGGAUCAACGGACCCCCAGCAUCGAAUCGCGCUGCAGCUGGCAUACCAAGCCGUGCAACAAUCCGGAUACUUUGGAGUACCGGAGUUUAACAAACACAUUGGUGUCUACGUUGGACAUGCAAAUACAGACUACGAACACAACGUUCGAAGCUAUCCAGCAAAUGCGUACUCCGCCACGGGUAACCUCAAGAGUCUCUUGGCUGGCAAGAUUAGUCACUAUUUUGGAUGGACCGGCCCCAGUUUGACGCUAGAUACGGCCUGCUCUUCUUCCAGCGUUGCCGUACAUCUCGCCUGCCGGGCUAUUUUAAGCGGUGAAAUCAAUGGUGCUCUUGCUGGAGGCGUGAAUAUCCUCACCAGCCCGGAGUGGUAUCACAAUUUGGCAGGCGCCUCUUUCCUGAGCCCAACAGGACAAUGCAAGUCGUUUGAUGCCAGAGGAGAUGGCUACUGCCGUGGCGAAGGAUCGGGUAUGGUCUUCUUGAAGAAACUGUCUGCAGCGUUGGCAGAUGGCGACCAGGUUCUGGGAGUUGUUGCAAGUACCUCGGUUCUCCAGAACCAGAACUGCACCCCGAUUACAGUACCGAACUCUACCUCCCUGGGUGGUCUCUUCGGAGAUGUGAUUAAGCGUGCCAGAAUAAAGCCACAUGACAUAUCCGUCGUCGAGGCUCACGGCACAGGUACUGCUGUUGGUGAUCCAGCUGAGUACGAUGGCAUCCGACAGGUGCUUGCUGGUCCUACGCGUCCCGACAGGUUAUCCUUGACUGCAGUCAAAGGAUCCAUUGGCCAUUUGGAGGUUGCGUCAGGUGUUGCAUCGUUGAUCAAAGUUUUGUUGAUGAUUCACGAGGCUGCUGUCCCACCCCAGGCCAGCUUUCAGUCUAUUAAUCCUGAUCUGAAGGCCAAGCCGGAAGAUAACAUCGACAUCACGACAGUUGUCAAGCCUUGGAAGGCCGCUACACGUGCUGCCCUCAUUAACAACUAUGGUGCUUCCGGUUCAAACGCUUCCAUGGUCGUCACAGAAGCGCCGAAAGCAACGCCACAGCAAACUUCCACGCAACUGGCAGACAAGGCUGCUCCAUUCUGGCUAAGUGGAACGGACGAUGCUCGUAUUAAGACGUACGCUGCUAAGCUUAGAAACUUUGUUCAGCAAAAGCGGGCUUCCGACAAAGUUCCAACUCUCGCGAAUCUUUCCUUCCAACUCGCAAGACAAUCGAAUCGUACAUUGAACCAGGCGCUUAUCCUUAAUGCGACUUCGAUCGAAGACUUGGACCAAAAGCUCUCUGCCUUUGAGAGCGGCUCUGGUACAGUCUCUAUUAAGAAACCUGACGCCAAACCUGUCAUUUUGUGUUUUGGUGGCCAGAUUUCCACCUUUGUUGGACUGGACAAGGAUGUCUUUGACAAUGUUGCUGUUCUGCGCAGCCGUCUGGAUGAAUGUGAUGCGACUUGCCUCGCUCUUGGGCUUGACAGCAUUUACUCUUCCAUCUUCCAGAGAACACCUUUGUCGGAUAUUGUCAAGCUGCAAACCGCCUUGUUUUCCAUGCAGUAUUCUUGUGCCAUGGCAUGGAUUGACUGUGGCAUCAAAGUGUCGGCUAUUGUUGGACACAGCUUUGGCGAAUUGACAGGCUUAUGUGUUUCCGGUAUCCUUUCUCUAAGAGAUGCCCUGAAGCUGGUUUCAACGAGAGCCAAGAUCAUUCAGCAGUCUUGGCCCGCUGAAAAGGGUUCGAUGAUGGCGGCGGAGGGGGAUCUUGCUACGGUGGAGCGUCUUGUUGCCACUGGUCGUGAGAAAUCUGGAAAGGACGUUUCCAUCGCGUGUUACAAUGGACCUACAAGCUACACCAUUGCCGGACCUGCGGCUGGAAUCCAAGCAGUCGAGGAACUUGCCAAAACAGAUGAGACUUUCAAGGGAAUGCGGGUAAAGGUACUCAAUGUCACCAAUGCCUUUCACUGCAGUCUUGUGGACUCGCUCAAAGAGGAGCUUGUUGCACUUGGCGAAACCUUGGCUUUCCGACCUGCCAAGAUCCGCCUCGAACGAGCUACAAAGUUGGCCGAAACGGGUAAUUUCGCUAAGGAUUACGUCUCUCAACAUCUCAGGAACCCCGUUUACUUCCACCAAGCUGUGAAGCGUCUAUCUGAUGAGUACCGCGACGCUAUUUGGCUAGAGGCUGGCUCCAACUCGACCGUAACAAACAUGGCCAGCAAGGCACUGGGUGGUGGCUCAAGCAAUUCAUUCUUCCAAGGAGUGAACAUCACGGUUGACUCUUCUUAUGGGCUUCUCGCAGAUGCUACGACCAAGCUGUGGCGACAGGGCUUGGAUGUAACCUUCUGGUCUCACCACAAAUCACAGAUUGCGGACUACACUCCCAUCUUGCUUCCUCCUUAUCAGUUUGAGAAAUCAAGACACUGGCUUGAUAUUAAAGAAAUACCAACUGUUAGCGAGACAGCAGCCACGACUGCUCCAGCGCCGGUCGUCGAGCCCGAGAAGGGUCUUUUCACGUUUUUCGGCUUCCUCGACGAUUCGAAACGCUCAAUCAGGUUCCGUGUGAACACGAACACGCCGGAAUUCAAGCAAAUGGUGGAGGCUCACGUUAUGGCUAACACUGUGGCCGUGAUGCCCGGUAUGCUCCCAGUCGAGAUCGCAAUCGACGCGCUGUCCACAUUGCGUCCAGAAUUCAAGGACUGUCAAUACCAGCCGGAGCUUCACGGGCUGGUGUACUAUAGCCCUCUUGUGCCUCAGCACUGCAGCGCCGUGUGGCUGGAUGUGCAAGCCGCAGAUCCAAGCGGCUUGACUUGGGAGUGGAAGUUCGUCGGCCAAGAUUCCAAGGGAACAGCUACGCGACAUAUGUCUGGCUCCAUUACAUUCUACCAGCCAACGAGUCCCGCUGUCCAAAGCGACUUCGCACGACUUUCACGUCUCGGAUCCCAUAAGCGUUGCAAGCGUAUUCUCGAUGGCGGUGAAGCCGAUGAUGUCGUCGUUGGCCGGAACAUUUAUCGCGCCUUUGAGACCGUUAUCGACUACAAGGAUCUAUACCGCCAUCUGACCAAGCUUGUUGGCAAAGACGGCGACUCUGCUGGCCGAGUUAUCCGAUCUCACGAUAAAGAAGGAUGGCUGGACUCGGUGCUCACUGAUUGCUUCUGCCAAGUCGCUGGUGUAGCUGUUAAUUUGUUCUCGGACACUGCCGACUUUGCAGACCGAGGUAUUUAUAUCGGCGACAGAGUGGACCGCUGGAUUCGCGCCCCAGGAUUGCUUGCUGAUCCUGCCAAACCAAAGGAAUGGGAAGUAUUUGCGAUGAGUAAUCGCGAAUCAGAUACCGCUUUUGUCAGCGAUGUCUUCGCUUUUGAUGCCCGUGACGGCUCUCUAUACGAGGCAAUUCUUGGUAUUAGAUACAGCAAAGUUCCCAUGGCCGGUAUUCGCAAGGCUCUCAACCGAAUUGUGACAGAGAACCCCAACGCCCCUGGUUCCACGAUAUCACCGCCGCAGACACCACCUGUGUUCACUUCGCCAAACCUCAACCCUCUGCCCGCACCGCAACAGCAGGUGUCCUUCCCUGCAGCAGAUAUCAAUGGUAUCAAUGGUUUCAGCAACGUCCAGGAGGUUCCGACUGUUAACGGUGUCAAUGGUACGCGGAAGCCUGCCAAGGCUGCUAAGGAGUCACCUGGAGCGCACAUCCCAGCCAAAGCCAAGGAAAUUUUGAGCAACCUCUCCGGUGUGGAAGUAGAAGAUAUCCAGGAUGAUUCUGAUCUUGUGGAGAUGGGUAUUGACUCACUCAUGGCCAUGGAGUUGAUCCGUGAAGUUGAUGCUGCGUUCAAAUGCACACUCGAGACAGACCAGCUGAUGGGCUUGACGGACUUCCGAAGCCUCGUGGUUUGCAUUAGCACUACCAUGGGCCUUGAACUAGAUGGCAACACGGAUAGUGGAUAUGACAGCGAGACUGGGCCACAAACAAACGGUGUCGAUGGCAAGUCUGUCAACGGUACCAUAGUCACCAACGGAGUCACCAAUGGUCUGAGCCAUGAUGCCAAUAUCCCAGCCUCGACAGUUCUCAAUGUUUUCCGAGCAACCAAGGCGGUAACUGACGAGUUCAUUCACAACUACAAGAUGAGCAACUAUUACACUCAAGUGCGACCGGUAUCAACAAUGCUGUGCGCCGCUUACAUUGUUGAAGCGUUCGACAAGUUGGGAUGCUCAUUCAAAGAUGCCCAACCUGGCCAACAACUGGCUUCCAUCUCGUACCUGCCCAAGCAUGAGAAGUUCAUGAAAGAAUUGUACAAGAUUAUUGGACCCGAUGAAACCGGCCUGGUUGAUAUCGUCGAUGGUAAACUUGUACGAACCGCCGUGCCUUGCCCCAAUAAGCCCGCGUCAACACUACUAGAGGAGGCGCUCCGAGAUGAGCCCGAUCACGCUCCCGAGUUCAAAUUGUCAGCUUUGACAGGUUGCAAAUUGGCAGAAUGUCUAACUGGCAAGGCAGAUGGCCUUCAGAUCAUCUUCGGCUCUGCUGAGGGCCGAAAGACAGUAUCUGAUGUGUACGCAGUUGCGCCCCUCAACUACACCUGGAUUAAGCAGGCCGAGUUCUUCAUCCAACAACUUCUCCAACGCCUCCCGGCUAACGGACUUCCCAUCAAGAUCCUUGAGAUGGGCGCUGGUACAGGAGGUACUACUGCGACUAUGGUCCCUAUGCUUGCGGCACUUGGAGUUCCUGUGACUUAUACUUUCACCGACCUCUCCUCUUCGCUUGUAGCGGCCGCCCGUAAGCGAUUCAAGCAGUACCCUUUCAUGGAGUUCAAGGUUGUCAAUAUUGAGUCUACACCGGACAAGGCUCUUCUUGAAAGCCAGCAUAUCAUUCUCGCCAACGCUUGUGUUCACGCUACCCGAUCGUUGCCCAUCUCUCUACGCAAUAUCCGCCAGAUACUGCGCUCUGAUGGCAUGCUCAUGCUCCUUGAAGAAACAGAGCAGCUUCCUUGGGUAGACUUUGUUUUUGGCCUCCUAGAAGGCUGGUGGCUGUUCGAAGACGGCCGCGUCCACGCUCAAGUUACCGCCGAGCACUGGGAAAAGGAUCUUCGCGGUGCCGGUUUUGGUCACGUCGACUAUACAGACGGCAAUUGCCGCGAAGCACAAGUGCAACGUAUCAUUUUUGGCUUCGCCUCCGACAUCAGGUACGCCGAUUCAGAUUCAGCUGAGAAGCCGUCCUAUCCUAUCCAUUUACGGCACACAGAACUAACGAGUGUCGUAGAUCGGCAGGCAGUCAUUGAUGACUUUAUCCGGAAAUACACGGCCGACUUUCGCGAACCAGGAUCAUCUUCUUCACUAUUCAACUCGUCGGUAGAUGGAAGCGAGGGACUUUGCGUGCUUGUUACCGGUGCAACGGGGAGUCUGGGCUCUCACAUUGUGUCGGGGGCUGCUCAGAUGCCGAGGGUCACCAAGGUUAUCUGCCUCAACCGCUUGGGUAGCAUUGACGCAGUAACUAGACAAGAAGAGGCUUUUCACCUGAGGGGAAUCGAGUUUGAGCCUAUGGUCAAGACGAAGCUACAGAUUCUGGAAUCGGAUUCGUCGAAGCCCUUGCUUGGGUUGCCUUCUGAUACCUACAAUGCCCUUGUCCAGUCAGUGACACACAUCGUUCACAAUGCUUGGCCAAUGAGUCUCACUCGUACGACAAAAGCCUACGAAUCCCAAUUUCAGGUCAUGCGCAAUCUCAUAGACCUUGCCGGAGAAUGCACAAGCCUCCGACCUUCCUCCUUUAGAUUCAGCUUUCAAUUCAUCUCGUCUAUUGGAGCGGUUGGAUAUUAUCCGUUGUGGACUGGUCGGUCAUUAGCACCAGAACUACCAACAACAGCCGACACAGCUCUCCCAGUCGGCUAUGCGGAUGCAAAGAUUGUUUGCGAGAGGAUGCUAGAAGAGACUCUCCGUCGCUUUCCCCAUAAAUUUCGUGGAAUGGGGGUUCGCAUCGCUCAAAUCACGGGUUCAAGGACUAAUGGGUACUGGAAUCCCAUGGAACAUUUUUCUUUUUUCGUCAAGUCAUCUCGAUUCCUUCGCAGUCUUCCCAAUCUACAGGGUACAUUGUCAUGGUCCCCAGUAAACGAUGUUGCCGGCUCGUUGCUGGAUUUGCUCAUGUCCGACGAGCCCUCGUACCCUAUCUAUCACAUUGAAAACCCAGCACGACAGCCAUGGCCGGAAAUGAUUAAGCUUCUGGCGAGCGAGCUCGACGUUCCAUCUGAGAAUAUUGUACCUUACGACGAGUGGCUCGAGAGAGUGCGGAGUUGUGAGGCACCCAUGAGUGAUAAUCCCGCCAAGCAGCUCAUGUCCUUUUGGGAGACACAUUUCCUUCGUAUGUCUACGGGCCCUCUUGUGUUGGAUACAAAGCACAGUCGUGAGCAUUCGAAGACCAUGCGUGAGAGUGGACCAGUGGAGGAUGAGCUUGUUAAGCGAUAUAUUCGGCGAUGGAAGGAGUUCUAUUUUUAA